UGAGGGACUCAGGGAGCAGUUCCACAAUGUAUUGGUGAGAGGGACCACCAGGGAGGGGGUCCUGUGUGGAGGAGAAAGUUGGGGUGUGUGGGUAGGGAUCUUGGAAACUGAGGCCGAGACCCCGGUGUGUGUGGCAGGCUGUGGAGCCUGAUGAAGGAGAAAAUCAGAUGGGGCCAAUCCUGUGAGUCACCGGGAAGGGGACCUCACGGAAGUGGGGAGUGCAUGAGAGUAUCAUAGACGCCCCUGGGCUUGAGGCUGGAGACUGACGGGGAGCGCCUGUCACAGUGAAGAGGGGGUGGGGUGAGAGAGUGCCGGCGUCUAGGCUGGGGAAUUGGUCUCUGGGUGCUUCUGGCAGCGCGGGAGUCGCUUGCCUGAGGCUGGCUUGGGGCCUGGGGGCGUGUGCGCGCGUGUGCGGGGGCGGAGAGCCGGGGGCUCCCCCGCGCGUGGCUGUGCCUCCGCGCGGCCGGGUGCGUGAGCGCGGGCAGGAGCGGAGCGCACCGCCGAGGCGGCAGGCAGCCUGGGUUAUCUGAGCCGCUCAGUCUUGGGUGGCUGCGCCCAGCUCUCGGCGGCGGCGGCGGCAAAGGAGAGACGCGCUGUCGGGGCGAGGCGGUUCGGAGAAGCGAGACCCGGGCCCGGACAGCAGCGGCGGGGAGCAGAGCAUGGAACAGCGCUCUGGCCGGGCAGUCCUGAAGUUGAGUUUGAGAGGCGAAACGGCGGCGGCAGCCGCGCUCCUCCCGCUCCUCUGCCUCCCCAUGGAUAUGCACUGCAAAGCAGACCCCUUCUCCGCGAUGCACCCAGGGCACGGGGGUGUGAACCAGCUUGGGGGGGUGUUUGUGAACGGCCGGCCCCUGCCCGACGUGGUGAGGCAGCGCAUCGUGGAGCUAGCCCACCAAGGUGUGCGGCCCUGCGACAUCUCCCGGCAGCUGCGGGUCAGCCACGGCUGUGUCAGCAAAAUCCUGGGCAGGUACUACGAGACUGGCAGCAUCAAGCCUGGAGUGAUAGGCGGUUCCAAGCCCAAAGUGGCAACGCCCAAAGUGGUGGAUAAGAUUGCUGAAUACAAGCGACAGAACCCAACUAUGUUCGCCUGGGAAAUCCGCGACCGGCUGCUGGCCGAGGGCAUCUGCGACAAUGACACAGUGCCCAGCGUCUCUUCCAUCAACAGGAUCAUCCGGACCAAAGUUCAGCAGCCUUUUCACCCAACACCGGAUGGGGCUGGGACUGGAGUGACUGCGCCUGGCCACACCAUUGUUCCCAGUACGGCCUCCCCUCCUGUUUCCAGCGCCUCCAAUGAUCCAGUGGGAUCCUACUCCAUCAACGGGAUCCUGGGGAUCCCUCGCUCCAAUGGCGAGAAGAGGAAACGUGAUGAAGUCGAGGUAUACACUGAUCCUGCCCACAUUAGAGGAGGUGGAGGUUUGCAUCUGGUCUGGACUUUAAGAGAUGUGUCCGAGGGAUCAGUCCCCAAUGGAGACUCCCAGAGUGGCGUGGACAGUUUGCGGAAGCACUUGCGAGCUGACACCUUCACCCAGCAGCAGCUGGAAGCUUUGGACCGGGUCUUUGAGCGUCCUUCCUACCCUGACGUCUUCCAGGCAUCAGAGCACAUCAAAUCAGAACAGGGGAACGAGUACUCCCUCCCAGCCCUGACCCCUGGGCUUGAUGAAGUCAAGUCGAGUCUAUCUGCAUCCACCAACCCCGAGCUGGGCAGCAACGUGUCAGGCACGCAGACAUACCCCGUUGUGACCGGUCGUGACAUGGCGAGCACCACUCUGCCUGGUUACCCCCCUCACGUGCCCCCCACUGGCCAGGGAAGCUACCCCACCUCCACCCUGGCAGGAAUGGUGCCUGGGAGCGAGUUCUCCGGCAACCCGUACAGCCACCCCCAGUACACGGCCUACAACGAGGCUUGGAGAUUCAGCAACCCCGCCUUACUAAGUUCCCCUUAUUAUUAUAGUGCCGCCCCCCGGGGUUCCGCCCCUGCCGCUGCUGCCGCUGCCUAUGACCGCCACUAGUUACCGCGGGGACCACAUCAAGCUCCAGGCCGACAGCUUCGGCCUCCACAUCGUCCCUGUCUGACCGCCCACCCCGAGGGAGGGAGGACCUCCUCGACUCGCAGCCUCCUGGCCGCCGCCCCAGCCCCCCACCCCCACCCCCCGCACCCAGGACGCCUGCAGCCCUUCGCGUCACCCGGCCCCGGGCCGGACGGGACUAGUGGAGCCUCGGGCGGGACCCUCCGGCCCGGCUGGGCCCACCGACCCCGCCCCUCUCCGCCUGCCUGGACUUCGGAGGGCACCGAGGAGGGCGUGCCCAGCUCGCCCCGGCCUCGCCCGACCAGCGGGCGGGACACGGGACUCGGGCCGGGCCGCCGCUGGGCGCGGGGACACGUUCUGUGACACACAAUCAGCGCGGACUGCAGCGCGGCCAGCCCCGGAGCAGCCCGCUUCGCCAGGAGGCCUCGCCGCAGGGCCUGGGCAAAGGAAAUGAAGAACAAACUGGUUUUCUGCGGGAGGAAGAGCCUCCUGCCUAACCCUGGGGAAAAGCCCUCGCACCCGCGCCAGCCGGACUGCCCCCGCCUUCCGAGUGCGCCCCACCCCGAAAGGUGGACUGGAGUGGGGGCUGGGCUCUAGCGGGGAAGGUGGGGGUCGUCUGGUCCUUCCGAGGUUGGGACCCCAGGCACGCAGGCCCCAGCAGCCCGCACCCACCGAGCCGACUCCACCAGAGCCCCAGCCCCCCAGGGCCCAGGCACCCCCUACUAGUGAGGAGACUCAGCCCCACCUUGCCCCUACCUCAGCGUCUCUGCCUCUGUGACACCCCCCGCCCCGUCUUCCCUCCUGCCCGUCCUUUUCCCGACCCACGGUGCUCUGCAUCGCUGCUCCCUGUCUCACCACCCAUCGGAGGCUCUCCAGUGCGUCCCUCCCCCGACACAGACUCUGGAUCUGCCGUUGGCAGGAGCAGGGUCUGAGCUGCGACGAGGUGGAAGCGGGGGCUGCCCACCCACCCCCAGCUCCUCCUCCGGCAGGAACUGAACAGAACCGCAAAAAAUCUACAUUUAUUUAAUAUGAUGAUCUUUGCAAAAAGGAAGAAACAAAAGCCCAACAGGCUGCUGCUCUGUAGAAAGGCGAUGUGUGUCGUGCGAAGGCGAACCCCAGUGUAUAUAACCUCGCCCCGCUCCCCCCCCCCCGCCCCGCCCGGUAGAGUCCCCGCCGCCCGCCCGCCCUGCCUGUAGAUACGCCCCGCGCUCUGUGCUGUGAGAGUCGCCGCUCGCUGGGGGGUGGGGGGAGGGGGACACAGCUACACGCCCACUGAAGCACAGCACGUCCUGGGGGAGGGGGGCCUUUUUUAUGUUACAAAAAAAAAAAAAUUACGAAAGAAAAGAAAUCUCUAUGCAAAACGACGAACAUGGUCCUGUGGACUCCUCUCGCCUCUGUUUUGUUGGCUGUUUCUCUGUAACUCCAUGUCCUCAUUCGCUCAUCUUUCUCCUGCGCAUCGCUCCCCUCUCUCCAUCUCUUUCUCCGCAGUCCGUUUCUCUCCGUCUUUGUCUGUCUCUGUCCCCCCCCCUCGGCCUCUCCUCCGCCCAGCCCCGGCCGCCAGGCCCGUGCAGCUAACUCAGCGGUGGCGGCUCCACUCCCGGGCUCGUCCCCUCGAGGCUGCUGUGCCCCGCGCGCCCUGCGCCGCCGGCGGCCGGGCCGCCCCGCCCCGCCCCGUAGUUGCUCUCUCGGUAGCGGCGAUGCGCCCUGCAUGUCUCCUCACCCGUGGAUCGUGACGACUCGAAAUAACAGAAACAAAGUCAAUAAAAGUGAAAAUAAAUAAAUAAAUAAAAAUUCUUAAACAAAUACGAAAGGCUUGGCGUCCUCGCCCAGAUCUCUCUCCCCUUCGAGCCUUUUUUUAUUUAAAAAGGAAAACGAGUAAAGAGAAUAGUUUAAGGGAACAACCGGCGCCUAGCCAGGCUCCAGGGGCCUGAGCGGGGCGGCAAGGGAACCGAGGUUCGAACUCCGAGGCUCAACCCAUUCCAGUCCUGGGGGGGCACCAGCGCCACGACCCAGCCGAACCCUCGAGAGACAGCCCCCCCAUAGCUCUGGUCUCCUUGGCCACUUGAAGCGCGUCGGUUCGUUUUGAUUCUUUUCUUUUUCUUUCUUUUUUUAUUGUGCACAUGAGAAAUAAAUAAUAAAUAAUAAUAAUAAAUAAAUAAAUAAUAAUAAAAUUUUGUAUGUCACUCCCCAUGGCUCCAGGUUUGUCUCUCCCUGUCUCUGGGACAGGCCUCCCCUCCCGCUGGUGGAUCCCAGAUAACCCCCUCAGUGACCCUCCCAGCCACGCUCCCACUGCCACCCCUUUCCCAGGACCCUCGUGGCGGCAGCUGAAA